AUGGAUGGAGUUGGCAUGAUAUGGCAGGUCACAGAUGAUGUCAUUGAUUGUGAAGACUUGGAUGUGGUAGAAAUUUCAACUAAUGCUGAAGGAGCUGCCUCACAAACUGGAGUGAAAUACGCUCAUCUUAUUAAGCAACUUACAAUUGAUAAAAAUGCCUCAAGAGAAGAUUUAAUCGAGCAAUACAAUAAUUUAUUCAAAGAAAGGAUGGUAAUGAAGAAAAAGAUUAAAGUAAUAAAGAGGAAAAAUAUGAGAACCAUUGAGAAAAUGGCUAAAGCCUGUGAAAACAAAAAAGCCUCUAUGGGCUCUACAUCAAUUACUGAGGCAGAGGCAAAGAAGAAGAAGUCAGAACCUGCAUCAAAAAUAACCCCCAAUACCCUUGCAGAGGUCGUUAUGUAUCUUGAGACUCAAGACCUCCUUACAAGUAGAGCCAUCAGUGUCAUAAGAGCGCUCUUAGGUCAUUCUCUCAACGAACCUCUAGUACAUGACCGAAAAGCAUCGAAAGAAGAGGGGGAAGUGUCGCCUCUAAUGAAAGCUUUCGCCAAGACUUUACUAUUUUAUUCUGUUGAAGCCUAUCACAUGAUUAAAGAACUGUAUUACUUACCAAUGCCAACUCCAUCCAUAUCAAGAACCUGGUACAAUAUGGGCCUUGGACUACCUGGCUGGAGCAGUGAAGCUUUCCUCAUGCUGAAGGAUGAAGUACAGAAAACUGAGCAUACAUAUUUAAAUACAUGCGUAAUCAUGGGAGAGUAUGACCUUUUCGCAACCUCUUCGUGUGAUGAAACUGAAAUAAGGGGCCACAUUGAUUAUGGAACCACAGGUGAUCUAGAAGUACAGAACUAUAGUGAAAAUUUACCACUUGCUCAAAGUGCUCUUUUCUUCAUGCUUGUACCCAUGGAUGGUAAAAAGAAAUGGAAAAUUCCUUUGGCGUACUUUUUAAUUGAUACUCUAUCACCUGAAGAGAGAGCAAAUGUACUAUUAGAAUGUUUGUGGAGAGUCUAUAACAUGGGCAGUAUGGUUGUGGCUGUUGUCAUUGACGCAAGUGUGAGCAGCAGGCAAACAGUUGAAAGCCUGGGCAUUUCCUUUGAGGAAUUGCCUAGUCCUAAUACUGCAUUUCCUCACCCAGCGGAUGGUCUUGUUAAUGUUCAUGUGCUUUUUGAUCCACAUAGUAUUGUCGACCUUUUGAGGCACACUUGGGCAUCAGUGGGUCUCAUGGUAGAUGAGAGAGGUGGCGCCAUAAGCUGGAAAUAUUUUACUGAGUUGGUUAAAGUUCAAGAAACUCAGGCAGGAAGCUCAGAACAACUUGAUCAAACAGCUACAUGGUACUGGGAUAAGAGUUUAAUGCGAAAAAGAUUGAUUUCCCAAUUAUUUACUGAGGAUGUUGCCAAUUCAAUUGAGUGUUGUGGUAAAUCCCUACAGCUGCCCCAGUUUUCUGGAAGUGAGUCAACUGUGUUGUUUAUCAGAACAAUCACUAAACUACUACAAAUUUUUGACUGUGGUCCUUUGAACAAAGAAGUGACUCCUGAAUGGAAAAGGACCAUUGUUGACUGUUUAAACUAUUUGUUUGUUUUAAGAGAUAGGACAGGUCAGGGCAUAUUUGCAACCAAUUGCAAAGCACCAUUUGUUUGCUUUUAUAUGAAUCUGCUGACUCUAUUGGAGCUGGUGAAGAAAGUGCCUUUAAAUUCAAUUGCUGAACUAAAUAUGAAUGGUCUGGAACUGUUGAUUUUGGCGAUCCGGUGCAGACUCAACUGGGAAGAUCGUCCCUCUGCCAUCAAGUUCGCCAACACCUAUGCUUUAUUGCUACAAGAAGAAGGGUUGUCUUUGUCAGAUAAUAUUGUGAGAGUAGAGAGCUAUUGGUGGUUGGAUAGCCAGGACGUAGCCAAUGCUCGGAAGAGUGGACUGGAAAUAAACCGUCCCGUCUUUAAACCUGAGAACACUCCAUCUCUACCUCAAUCCCUCACUUUUUACCCCAUCCUUCUCCAAAAUGAGCUGCAGCGAUUUAGAGCUUCUCAACUAGUUUUAGUUCACACUGUGAAGAGAGUUGCAGAUGUACUCCAGUGCAACCAGUGCAUCGAAGGUCUUCAGAUGUCAUAUGUUCAAGACAACCCAACUUUAGUCCUAUUACGAAAGACAUGUGGCGGAUUUGUUUAUCCAUCCCAAGGUGUUGUGGAAGUGUGUGUGCUGGCUGAUUACCAUUUAAAAAUAGGACUGAGAGUUGCAUCACCUGACAUGAAGUAUGAUGUUUUCUCCCGAAGAGAGAACGCUUUAAUCCAAAGUGUGUGCAUAGCUGUGUUGAAGUCUGUGUUAGACCGUCAGAGAAAUCUAUUUCCUCAGCUUGACAACCAUUUGAAAGUUUGUGCAAGGAGCUCCAACCAUGUGUGUCGUCUCAUUAAAGUUUUAACGGCGUCUUAUGUUCACUUACGGCUUCAGUCGGUAAGAUCAUGGUGUUCCUCCCAAGUCUGA